GUUUGUCUCGCGCACGUACGAGGAAGAGGGCAUAGCCGAGCGGAGAUAUGGCUGCACAUUGGUGCGCGUGACUCACGCACACGCUGCUGAUAUAUCUCGUUAUCCGAUAGCCGUAUCUAGGGCGUGCUUAUAUCCGCUCCUUAUCGCGGCAGUGUUUGUCGAGGCAGAUAAGACGGCCGCGAGUCGCGUACGCGUAGCGUCUACCUGCCGUCCGCAUCAGUCGAAAACUCGACUGCAUGUACGGCGCCUGCUCGACUAGUUUCGGCGUGAAAUAAGUGAAAAGUGUGCCGCGGUAUCGAGUUCCGCCCGAGAUGGUCGUGAAAACCCAAGGCGCCGGUAUGGCCCAGCUGGAGCGCAGGAUCGAGUGCGUCAAGUACACCCUCUUCUGUUUCAGCGCGGUCAUGUGGAUGCUCGGCACCGGCAUGUUCGGCCUGUCGAUAUGGCUGCGAGUGGAGCCGGGCUUCCAGGAGUGGGUCGACUUCCUGCAGAUCGGCGAGUUCUACAUCGGCAUCGACGUCCUCAUCUUCGCCUCGGUGCUCGUCACCGUCGUCUCCUUCUUCGGCUGCGCCUCCGCCCUCCUCGAGAACAAGCUCGCCUUGCUCAUCAACAUCGGACUGCAGGGCCUGUCCUUCCUCUUCGGACUGGCCGGCUCGGCCGUACUGCUGGACUACUCGACCUACGACAGCCAGAUCCAGCCGCUGAUCCGCAAGUCCAUGACGAACCUCAUCGUCAACUCGCAGCACGAGCACGUCUCGGUCAUCCUCAGGAUGGUGCAGGAAAACAUCGGCUGCUGCGGCGCGGACGGACCGACGGACUACCUGAACCUGCUGAAGCCUCUGCCCACCGAGUGCCGCGACACCGUCACCGGCAACGCCUUCUUCCACGGCUGCGUCGAGGAGCUCACCUGGUUCCUCGAGGCCAGGGCCGGUUGGCUCGCCGGACUCGCUCUCGCCCUCUGCAUGGUUCACGUCGUCCAGGCGGUGCUCUCGCUCAUCCUCAUCCAGGCCAUCAAGAAGGAGGAGGACAACGCGACGUUCAAGCGCUAAGCCACAACCGAUCCCCUCUUUAGUUUAUAGUUUUUUCUUCACUUUUUUCUAUUACGUGUAAUUUAACGUAGAUUUUUAUACCUUCUGCUUAAUCAACGUGUCGUGUGCGCGUCUCUGCGAACAACGACUGUUUCUUUUUAUAUACCGUAUACUGUACUUGUAGGCGUCCGGAGCCUUGCGCAAUUCCUAACAAGUCUAUGUAGCCGUAGUCGUAAAUAUACUUUUGUAACACAUUACCAUAUUUAUAUGUUAUCGUCGAAAUAAAUCAUGUUCACCCAUA